AUGCCCUCCGACGACCCCAACGUGAAGGCGCUGCUGCCCUUCCUCCAGCGGGCGGAGGAGCUGCAGAAGGCGAUGCCGAAGGUCGCGUACUACCUGCGUCUGCACUGCGUCGAGCAGGGCAUGAAGGCCCAGGACCGCAGCUCCACCCUGAACGACCUCCUGGUCUCCAUCCUGCAAAAGCUCGAAGACACCAAGGGACCCUCAGGGAUCGCGGCGAAGCCCGAGGACGACCACCUGGAGGUGGAGCGGUUCGUGCUGGACGUGUUCGACCGCGCGGACAAGAAGGACCGCGCGGGGCAGGCCGACGAGCGCACCGCGUCCACCUUUUACGCGGCGUCCAUCUUCCUGCAGAUGCUCGAGGUGUUCGACAAGGACGGCGCGCUGCCGGACGCCAUCGGAAAGCGCGCCAAGUACGCGCUGUGGCGGGCCGCCGAGAUCCGCAAGGCCCUCCGCGAGGGCAGGCAGCCGGCCGCGCCCUCCGCGCCCGCCACCGACCCCGCGCCGCAGACCGACGGCGCCGACGGCGCGGACCACGCGAACGGCAACGGCGCCGCGCACCCGCCGCCGCACUCGCCGCCGCCGCCGCCGCCGCCGCAGCCCCCGCGCCGCACCACGCCCCGCGCCACCCCAGCCCCCGCCCGCCGCACCGGCGCCCGGGCACGCGGCGGCGCCCCCGCCACCGGCGCACGUCCCGCCCCCCGCGGUUCCCGCGCCCCGCGCGCCCCCCGCGGCCCCGGUGAACUACAACUCGGUGAGCGACGCGCGGAAGGCCAUCAAGUACGCCGUCAGCAGCCUCGACUUCGACGACGUGACCUCCGCCGUGAAGUACCUCGAAACGGCGCUGCAGACGCUCAAGAAGCUGUAGCGCGCGCCCGCGAGGGGCGGCCGGGCUCCCCGCAGCGCGGCGGAGGCCCCGUGUGA